CGAUCACGAAGAAAAAUAUUUGCAGAGACAUUGUAGCCCGAGAGAACAUUUUGUUGCUUCAACUUCACUUAAGUUCUGUGGCAUUGCAGUUAGAGAAAAGAAGCUUUCUUGAAGAAGAUCAAUGGCUAAUGAUAGAGAAGAGUUUAACUUAUGUGGACCUUCUCAUCUCACAACUGUUGAUUGGGGAAAUGAAGAUCAUCAACGUUGUGUAGCAGCUUGUUUAGUACAAGGUAUAUAUAUAGUAGAGCGUGAUCGUCAGCUUAAACGUGAAGGCGCUGAAGCUCUUGCAUCACCUUGGUGGGAGUCCUUUAACUUCAAGUUGAUUCGUCACCUUAAAGAUGAUGCUGAUUUCUCCAUCUUUGGCGGCAUUUACGAGUACAAACCGCAGCAACCAGAUAGUGUUGACGCUGGAGUUCCGCGGUAUGUGAUAGCCUUUAGAGGGACAUUGACUAAAGCGGAUUCGAUAACUCGUGAUAUUGAGUUGGAUAUCCACAUUAUUCGGAACGGGCUUCACAGGACAUCGCGUUUUGAGAUCGCGAUGCAGGCUGUGAAAAGCAUGGCUGAGUCUGUUGGUGCUUCAAGCUUCUGGCUGACAGGACAUUCUCUAGGUGCAGCUAUGGCGCUCCUCGCGGGGAAAACAAUGGCAAAGAGUGGAGUAUAUAUCAAAUCUUUGUUGUUCAACCCUCCAUUUGUGUCUCCCCCAAUCGAGAGGAUAGCAAACGAAAAGGUUAGGCAUGGGAUUAGAUUCGCCGGGAGCCUCAUCACAGCAGGGCUAGCUCUGUCCAGAACCAUCAAACAAGCACAGCAGCCGCAGCCACAACAACAGCAACUGCAAAUACGAAACUUAUCUGAAGAUCCACUAGAGGCACUAUCUUCAUGGCUCCCUAACAUACAUGUAAAUCCAGGGGACCAUCUAUGUUCAGAGUACAUCGGGUUUUUCGAGCACCGGGGGAAAAUGGAACAGAUUGGGUAUGGAGCCGGAAUAGUGGAACGGAUGGCGAUGCAGCAUUCUUUGGGAGGUUUGCUGAUGGAUGCAAUGGGAGUGAGCAAUGCAGUUGAAGUAGAAGAGCCUGUUCAUGUAAUCCCAUCUGCAAAUCUAAUUGUAAACCAAACUAAUUCUGAAGAUUACAAGGAAGCACAUGGGAUACACCAAUGGUGGAGAGAUGACCAAGAUUUGGCUUCUCACAUUUACAUGUACAAAUAACUCUUCAUUCUUUCUUUCUCAUUAUUAAGAAUUUGUUUGUUCGUAUCUUUGUUUGUAAUGGUAAUGGAGACAAUGUAAGAAAAUUAUUCUUAACUAUGUAAUAGUUUUGUUUGUACA